AAUGGUGGCAAAGGAACCGACGUAAUGUAUAAGGAACUCUACAACAAGACUACGACAAAGAUAAUGGUCCUUGGAGCAGGCUGUUCGAUUGUUACCCAACCAACAGCGCAAGCAUCGCACCUGUGGAACCUGCUUCAGCUGUCGUAUUCUUCGGCCUCACCAAAGUUAUCCGAGAGAGAUCUCUUUCCAAAGUUUUUCCGGAUGUUCCCACCAGAGACAGUCUUCAAUGUCGUCAAGUUCGCCAUGUUACGCCACUUCAACUGGCAUAAGGUCGCCACUUUACACCAAACCAUCGAACUCUUCUCACUGCCUACUGCGGAUUUCCUGACUGGCGCAAGGAUGAAUGGGAUUGAGAUCAUCGCAUCGGAAAGCUUCUCGGAGGACCCUUCACUUCAAGUAACAAACCUCAAGAAACAAGGAGCACGCAUCAUCAUCGGGAACUUCUACGAGAACAAAGCCAGACAGGUAUUUUGCCAGGCCUACAAAGAUGGGCUAUACGGCGAGAAAUAUGUGUGGAUAAUAACAGGUUGGUAUAGCAACGAGUGGUGGAGGGUGAGGGACCCGGAUCAUCCACAUGAUUGUACCUCGGAGCAGAUGGAUGAAGCGGUGAGGGGCUACUUCACCACAGAUGCGUUACCUCUCAGUCUGGCGCAGCAUCCGGGUGUGUCUGGGAAGACCACGGAGCAGUUUUGGGAGGAGUACACAGAUUAUGUUGGAGGUAACCCUGAGACUCUUUCAGGUUACCAGGAAGCACCCUAUGGCUACGAUAGCGUCUGGACCAUCGCUCUUAUGCUUCAUGAAGCAGAAGAAAUACUGCAAAGAAUGAAUCCACCCAAAUCGAUCGCCGAUUUCAGCUACGAGGACGACGAAAUAGCGGACAUAUUCUACCACAUCAUGAACAAAACCAACUUCGAAGGGGUGUCUGGUCCCGUCCAGUUCACUGCCGUGGGCGACAGAAAGGGACUUAUGCAAGUUGAAAGACAGAUAGGAAACACGGAAGUACGUGUUGGCAUUUACGACCCAUCAAGAAGCCCUGGCGACGAAUUAACAUGGAGUCAGGAAAACCCAAUCACAUGGAAAGGUGGACGACCACCGCUGGAUUCGAUCAUCGAGAGAGAAACCCGCGUGAAUAUAUCUGUAGCGAUCUUCAUUGUGAUGACGGCCUUAGCCGUGUCGGGUAUCGUUAUGGCAGUCGCUUUCCUUGCCUUCAAUAUCAAGUACAGGGCCAAGAGGUACAUCAAGAUGUCGAGUCCUAAGAUGAAUAAUCUAAUUCUUGGCGGAGGGAUACUUGCCUACCUCUCCAUAAUUUUCCCUGGAGUCGACUCGAUCGAUAUUGAUGAUGUCACAUUCCUUUGGAUGUGUAGGUCUAAUACAUGGACUUUAGCUAUUGGGUUCUCGAUGGCUUUUGGAGCAAUGUUCACAAAAACGUGGCGGGUUCAUCGCAUCUUCACAACCAAAACUGCAAUGAGAACUAUGAUCAAAGAUUACCAGUUAUACGGCGUGGUCAUGGUCCUCAUCAUACUCGAUAUCAUAGUCUUCAGUUUGCGAGAGAUCUUUGAUCCGAUUUUCUUAAACGUUCAGACGAGUAGACAGAAUCAAGAUGAGGAUGUUGUAUUAGUACUGCUUCGACGGACGUGCACAUCACACUUUGUAGUAUAUUGGAAUGGUAGUCUAUUUGUUCUUAAUGGUCUUCUACUCAUCUUUGGGGCUUUCUUAGCCUGGGAAACUAGGAAAGUCACCGUACCCGCUUUAAACGAUUCCAAGUACAUUGGAAUGAGUGUAUAUAAUGUAGUGGUUCUAUCCUUUGUUGGAGUACCUGUAUCUCUUGUAUUGGAUGAUGUCAACGCUCACUACGCAAUCAUUGCAAACUUUGUCUUCUUCGCCACCACACUUACACUGUGCAUGGUCUUCGUGCCUAAACUUCGGGUUCGCAAUGAAGUAGAACCUAAAGGAACUAUGUUUUCGACGAUGGGUAACAGUCAUAAUCAUCAUAGCAUUACCGAACCUGAAUCAAAUAAGAAGAUAAGGAUGCUGAGUGACAGGAUUGAAAACUUACAGGAUCGCCUGGAUAAGAAAAACCAUCGAAUAAAGGAACUAGAGAGUUGUGUUAUCCCUUCCUCUGAUGGAACCAAAGGAGAAUGCAGCAGUGAACUCAGCACUGAUAGGGGGGAAGAAGCACUAGAACAACCAGGUCCAUCUGGACACAGAUGAGAGUUGCUGCCCUCACACGUUUUCACCAUUAUACCAACAAAUUAAAGGAACAUUAUCAGCUGUUUUCAUGGGGACUUUUGGAUGUAGAUGUCAUAUAAGCCCACUAAAAAUUACCUCUACUUAUCCUGACAAAUUUCAAGACGCGAAGGAUUUUCUUUUUUUUGUACAUAUGCUUUUAAUCAUUGGAAAAUUUGUGAUAGACAAUGCAGAUCAAAGUAAACAAUUGUUUUCAUAAUUUAUAUAUUUGGUUGAAAAGGAAUAAAUGUUUCUAAAUAUUGUAUGAGCACAAAUUACUUGAUAUAAUCUGACUACUUCAGACAUAAAAACUAUACUACCGUACUUUCCACUUUGAAUGCUGAAUAAAUUUUGUAGAAUUUCAUGUUAUCUUCUUUAAUUAAGGAUUUAACUGAUUAUAUGUGAGUCUAAAUAAUGUCAGGACUUUAUUUGGUCUCAUAAAUAUUUAAUUAAACCACACUUCUGUAAGCUUUCUUACAAACAUCCAUAAUUUCAUUCUCGUCAGAAAGCUUAUAAAAGGUUCCAUAUCAGAAUUAACAAAAACCACCCUUGUUUCACUUUUGUUGAAAUUUCCUCCCUCAUAGACAUUGUGUACACUAAGGGUGUAUAUAUUUAGGAAUAAGUAACCCCGUAUUUAAUAUUGUGGAACUUUUUUUUUUCAAAUCUAUCUUUGGUAGAAAUGUUUAUCAACUUGUGGGCAGAAAUUUAUGGACAGGUGAGCACGCAUCGAAGUGGGGAAAGGGUUAUAAAUUAAAUAAUGGGGGCAAAUUUGGUUGUACUUUUUACACUUUCAUGGUUAAGCGAGCACACUCAAAAACUUAUUUACACUCUUUUUUCUACUGUGUGUGUAGUAAUUGAGACAAAUCCUUGUGUAUUUACUUGUGAAUGCCAAAACUAUAGAAAAUUUCACUUCUUUCCCCCUUUUUUUCUGAUGGAGAGGCCACCUAGAUUAAAACUGUAAAAUGCAAUGUUGACAUCACCACACUUUAUAUAAUGUAUAUGUCCUCUGUUUUUGUCUCACCUGCAUAGCAGAGUGAGACUAUAGGCGCCGCUUUUCCGACGGCGACGGCGGCGGCGGCGGCGGCGGCGGCGUCAACACCAAAUCUUAACCUGAGGUUAAGUUUUUGAAAUGACAGCAUAACUUAGAAAGUAUAUGGACCUAGUUCAUGAAACUUGGCCAUAAGGUUAAUCAAGUAUUACUGAACAUCCUGCCUGAGUUUCAUGUCACAUGACCAAGGUCAAAGGUCAUUUAGGGUCAAUGAACUUAGACCAUGUUGGGGGAAUCAACAUCAAAAUCUUAACCUAAGGUUAAGUUUUUGAAAUGUCAUCAUAACUUAGAAAAUAUAUGGACCUAGUUCAUGAAACUUAUACAUAAGGUUAAUCAAGUAUCACUGAACAUCCUGCAUGAGUUUCACGUCACAUGACCAAGGUCAAAGGUCAUUUAGGGUCAAUGAACUUUGGCCGAAUUGGGGGUAUCUGUUGAAUUACCAUCAUAACUUUGAAAGUUUAUGGAUCUGAUUCAUGAAACUUGGACAUAAUAGUAAUCAAGUAUUACUGAACAUCCUGUGCAAGUUUCAGGUCACAUGAUCAAGGUCAAAGGUCAUUUAGGGUCAAUGAACUUUGGCCAAAUUGGGGUAUUUGUUGAAUUACAGCCAUAAAUUUGAAAGUGUGUUGGUCUAGUUCAUAAAACUUGGACAUAAUAGUAAUCAAGUAUCACUGAACAUCCUGUGCGAGUUUCAGGUCACAUGAUCAAGGUCAAAGGUCAUGUAAGGUCAAAGAACUUUGGCCACGUUGGGGGUAUUUGUUGAAUUGCCAUCAUAUCUCUAUAAGUGUAUUGGUCUAGUUCAUAAAACGUGGAAAUAAGAGUAACCAAGUAUCACUGAACAUCUUGUGCGAGUUAUAGUAGUUUUCAAAAUCAGCACUGCUGCUAUAUUGAAUCGCGUGAUGCAGGUGAGACGGCCAGAGGCAUUCCACUUGUUAUACACUAUAAUGUGACGGUAGAAUUUUUAUUCCCAUAAGAUUGAUUGUAUCAAACGAACUGAACUAUCUAGUUUCAAUCAGGCAGCCCCAUUUUGAUGGGCAAAUAAGGCGGAUAUAUUCUCACAUUUCCACUUACCCCUUGAAUCCCUGUGGUUUGUGGUGCUGCUGAAGAUAGUGGUUAUGGUUUUAUGGGUGACCCUGGAGAAAGAAAGAACAGAUGAAGACAGGAAAAACAUUGAUCAAUAUAAUGGUUAGAAUGUCCAGUUUUCAGGUCUGAAUAUUAAAAAUUGUCUAUUCACGCUUCCCGUGUGCGUUAAUAAGGUAUUAGUGUUUUAUGAUAACAUGUAAUAUCCAAAGAGUCUUCUCCCAUUUUGUGUUGACAUUAGAGACCUCAUGGAAUAUCUUGCUUUAAAAACAUGAAAAUGUGAAUCUAAUCCCUUGAUUGGAAACCCGGUAAUGAAUAAAUUUUUUCCACCCCCUUUUUAGCUAGAUCUGCACCUGUGGGUAUACUUGACGUGUAACAACAGGCAGGCCUAUAUCAUUUCCAAAUAUGACCCCUGUAAAUCAAUUAAGAUUGUGUGUGGGGUAGAGGAUGUGCAUGUAUGACAGAAAAGUGAACAAAAUAAAGAUAUUUUUC